CACCGGUUUAGUUGAAGUUUGGCGCUCUUGCGCACAGUAAAGUAGAUCAUCACUUUUACUCUCUCUAUCUGUCUCAAGUAUGACUUCAUUUUAAAUAAAAAUGGCGACCAUGUUACAUCGUGGUGUGAAUUUUGCGGAAAGUUUAGUACGAAAAAAUGGAAUUAAGAUUUUAUCCGUAGCACCAUGGCAAAACACCCAAACACGAAAGCUCAAUGUCUUGGAGCAUAUAUCCUUCAGCAUUUUGCAGGAAGGUGGCAUACCGACACCUCCAUUUGGUGUGGCAAAAUCAUCAGCUGAAGCAGCUAAAAUAGCUACGGAUUUGAAAACAAAUGACAUUGUACUCAAAGCACAAGUUUUGGCUGGUGGUAGAGGGAAAGGCCAAUUCAAAUCGGGCUUGAAAGGCGGCGUUCGAAUGGUUACAACGACAUAACUUUGGGAGAUGAGUUAAAUCUUCGGAGUAUUUCAAGAAGAAGUAGUAAAAGUCUCAUUGUCAUGUCAAAGUCUCAUUUCUCUGAUGAUGAUUUCACUUACACUCACCU